CAUAACCUAGAAAUCUGCACUGCGUUUGCCGCUACUAAAUUGUGCUAAGAUUGUGUUGCAGAAAACUAGUUUAUAAAAUUUGUUUAGUUAUGUUUAUUAAAAUUUCAUCUUGAGAAUGUAUUGAAAUUAUAUGUUAUUAACAGUCAAGAUGGCUGAAAUAAGUUUCGAACAAAUCCCUGCAAUUUGGGAGAAACUAUGUUGUGCCUUCCCAAUUUUGUCUGAAGAUGUGUAUAAAAAGCAUGAUCCAGACAUGUGUACGUACACUGAACUACAAGAAAUCUGUCUGUUGGUUAAAGAACACACACUGGGGCCAAUCGUUGAGGAUUGGUAAUCGAACGCAUUGAACAGGAGAUGCGCAAAACGAUUGUGCCAAAAUUCUGGAACUAUUUCGAGGAUGGAAUUAAUGAUGGAAGUGGCUUUGAAACAUUCAGAAAUGCGGUCGAAUAUCUCUACCACACGGCUGCCAAUUUUACAACUCUUUUGGAUAGGAUUCAUGUGAUGAGAAAUCAUUGUGAUAUGAAUCGGCUGGUGUAUGGUGAGGAAGGAAUGUAUGACACGUUCAAGGUGAUACUUCGAUCUACGCUGCAUUCUCAGCUGCCUCUCAAGUAUCAGACAGUUAUUGAGGAUUUUUAUAAAGUCUCGUUCAAGGUCUUCUGCAAAAGUGAGAAGGGAAGCAUGGAGAAAGAUUCGAACGAGUCUGGUGAGCUAGUGGUCAGCUGCGGUGGUUGUGACUCUGAGAUAGAUACAUGUCGCUGCGAGAAAAUCAUCGAGUAUUUCCACAGUGUCAACAGGCAAUUAAUUGAGCUAGAACUGCUGGAAAGGCUGGCCGGAGACGUUCUGACAGCAUUGAUCCAUAAGCGUAUUGAGAAUCAUGUACAAGAGACGUGUCAAGGCAGCUUUGACAAAGAGUAUAUCAAAGACUUGGAAGAUUGGUUGCAGAAUACAGUGAUGGGCUGGCUAAUAAAGAUAUACAACCAAGAAUCUGAUACCAGUUGUAAUGAGUCCAUUCAAAAGUCGAUUUUCAAAUUCAAACAGAAAUUGAUGCAUUUUAUGUAUGAAACGUACACCAAAACAAGAAUCGACCAGCUAUUCAAUAUCAUUAUUGAAUACCCCGACUCAGACCCGGCCAUCUACGAUCUGCGAAUUUGCCUGGAGAAGACGGAUCUGCGCGCAUUCCUGAUCCAGAAAUUCCAGCGCGCUCUGGAGACGCGCCUGCUGCACUCUGGUGUGAACACGCCCGACAUUCUCACCGCCUACAUCGCCUCCAUCAAAGCGCUGCGUCAGCUCGAUUCUACCGGCGUGCUGCUGGAGACUGUCACUCAGCCUAUCAGACAAUACCUGCGUAGCAGGAAGGACACAGUGCGGUGUGUGGUGACAAAUCUUACAGAGGAGGGGCCAGGUGACCUGGCUGAGGAGUUGGUGCGGGGAGGAGAGGCCAGUGACCCCGUCGACGAUCAGGCUGCCGAAAUGGAGGAUUGGCAGAACUGGAAGCCCGACCCUGUCGACAGCGAUCCCAUGAAAACGCCGAAAAGUGGGCGAACCUCUGAUAUUAUUUCGAUGCUGGUGAACGUGUAUGGAAGCAAGGAGCUGUUUGUCAAUGAAUACCGUACUCUUCUGGCCGAUAGACUUCUCUCUCAGCUCUUCUACAACACUGAAAAGGUACGCUAUCUGGAGCUACUCAAACUCAGGUUUGGUGACUCACAACUGCAUUACUGUGAGGUGAUGCUGAAAGAUGUGUACGACUCUAGGCGUAUCAACGCACAUCUGCAUAGUGACCCGAAUUUUGAUCACACCAAACAGCCUUAUACUACGAACGCCCUCAUACUAUCAGCUCAGUUCUGGCCGUCUUUCAAAGAAUUGAACUCUUUAGAAUUGCCAGACUUGGUAAAAGAGCGGUUGGCUGUUUACACAAAAGCGUUUGAGACGUUGAAGGGCAACCGAACAUUGAAUUGGAAGCCCCACCUGGGUUCAGUGAACCUGGAUAUUGAGCUCAAAGACAGAACAAUCAAUUUGACCGUAUCUCCGGUUCAUGCCGCCAUUAUCUGGCAUUUCCAGACAAAGAAUCAAUGGACCAUAGAAGAAUUAAGUCAAGUUUUAAUGGUACCUGCCACUGCUCUUAGGAGGAGAAUCGCAUUCUGGCAGUCUCAGGGAUUGUUGCGCGAGAUCUCGACAGACUGCUUCCUAUUGGUCGAGGAGAGUGGAGCCAAGUCCAAAAUGGCGUCUGUGCCGGAAAUGGUUUGUGAGGACGAGGAGACCGAAAGUGUCAUGGCGUCGGCUCACGAUCAACGCGAAGAGGAGCUACAGGUGUUCUGGUCGUACAUAGUAGGUAUGCUGACCAACCUGGACUCCAUGCCGCUGGAGAGAAUCCACCAGAUGUUGAAAAUGUUCGCUUCGCAGGGUCCCUCGUCAGUGGAGUGCAGUCUGCAAGAGUUGCGGCUAUUUCUCGACAGGAAAGUGCGCGAACAUAAACUGUUGUUCAGUGGGGGCUUCUAUCGGUUGCCAAAAUCAUAGGUACUGUUUUUCAAAUGGAACUUCAUCAAAAACAUAGGUACCGUUUAUCAACGAUUUCAAGAAUCCAAAUAAUAGGUACUGUGCCUUACUGGUUUUUAAAUGGAACCUCAUUGAAAUCAUGAGUGCCGUUUUUCAUCCAUUUCACCGAUCCAAAUCAUAGCUACAGAACUGAUAUUUAAAUGGAACUUUACCGAAAGCAUAGGUGCCAUUUUUAAUCCAUUUCACAAAUGUGUCAUGGAGGAAAAAAGUAGCACUAUCAGCUAAGCUGAAAUGUUCAUGUGCCGGUUGCACAAAAGCCGGUUAAAUUUGAACCGUGAUUAAUUCCACGAAAACCAAUCAGAGAAGCCGUCUUUUCAAAAAUGCCUUCUCUGAUUGGUUCUUGUAAAGUUAAUCACGGUUAAAAUUUAACCGGCUUUUGUGCAACCGGGCCUUGGUGAUCUAUUAUUCAAACUUGUUCUUAUAUCUAUAAAUAAUGUAGAUUGUAUUGAACAUUGCUAUUAAAGAUGUUGAAGAAUUCUUUCAUAAUUGGA